AUGGCUGCAUCUGCUUCUUUCAAAUUCAGUGGAAUGUCUGGAACCACAAGCCGUGAUCACAGAGUUUCUUUUCCCGCCAACAAUGUAUUUUCAGUUCAGUUUCAGCGUAGCUUCAAUUACUUGAAAUGCCUAUCUAGAUCGUCAUUUGUUUCAUCUGGUGUAAAAUCAAAAUCUGAGGUGGUGACUAUCGAAGAGGAAGCAAAAGACAUUAUAGAAGCAGAAGCUGAAGCUCCUGUUGUUAUUGUUACCGGAGCGUCUAGAGGUAUCGGGAAAGCGGUUGCCCUAGCUUUAGGCAAAGCUGGUUGUAAGGUUUUGGUUAAUUAUGCAAGAUCGUCUAAUGAAGCAGAACAAGUUUGUAAACAGAUCGAGGAAGCAGGUGGUCAGGCACUUACAUUUAAAGGAGAUGUUUCAAAAGAAUCAGAUGUUGCAUCUAUGAUCAAAACCGCAGUUGAUGCGUGGGGGACUGUUGAUGUAUUGGUCAACAAUGCAGGGAUUAUAAAGGAUGGUUUGUUGAUGAGGAUGAAGACAUCUCAAUGGCAGGAAGUUAUUGAUUUGAAUCUCACUGGUGUAUUCCUAUGUACACAGGCUGCUGCCAAGAUUAUGAUGAAGAAGAAAAAGGGAAGAAUAAUCAAUAUAACAUCUGUUGUUGGUCUGACUGGCAAUGUUGGGCAAGCCAACUACAGUGCUGCAAAAGCUGGAGUAAUCGGGUUUACCAAAACUGUGGCAAAGGAAUACUCAAACAGGGGCAUAAAUGUGAAUGCGGUUGCCCCUGGAUUUAUUUCAACGGAUAUAAUUGCUAAUCUUGGGGAAGACAUCAAGAAAAAGCUCUUGAAGACAAUCCCCUUGGGAAGGUAUGGGCAACCUGAAGAAGUUGCUGGGCUUGUAGAAUUUUUGGCUCUCAAUCCAACAGCUGCUUACAUGACUGGACAGGUGAUUACCAUUGAUGGAGGAAUGGUGAUGUAA